GAAGAUUUCCUGCGUCCCAGCUGACUUGAAUCAGCCAAUGAGGAUUCGACAGCAGUUGAGCAGCUUCUAACGUCAUACACCAGUAUAUAUUUCAGCAGUUCGCCAUUUUCGAACUAAAUUCGUUGCAACAAGAGUUGGUAUCGGAUAUAUAGUAGAGAACAAAAUGCAGAUCUUCGUGAAAACUUUGACUGGCAAGACCAUCACAUUAGAGGUCGAGCCCAGUGAUACUAUUGAAAAUGUGAAGGCCAAGAUUCAAGACAAGGAAGGCAUUCCACCUGAUCAACAGAGAUUGAUCUUUGCUGGCAAGCAGUUAGAAGAUGGAAGAACCCUCUCUGACUACAAUAUCCAAAAGGAAUCGACACUUCAUCUAGUCCUUAGACUUAGAGGUGGUAUGCAGAUUUUCGUCAAGACUCUGACUGGUAAGACCAUCACCCUUGAAGUAGAACCCAGUGAUACCAUUGAAAAUGUCAAAGCUAAAAUCCAAGAUAAAGAGGGUAUCCCACCAGAUCAGCAGCGACUAAUUUUUGCUGGCAAACAACUAGAAGAUGGCCGCACCUUGUCUGACUACAAUAUCCAAAAAGAAUCUACCCUUCAUUUGGUGUUGAGGCUGAGAGGAGGAAUGCAGAUAUUUGUGAAAACCUUAACUGGAAAGACCAUCACAUUAGAAGUAGAACCCAGUGAUACUAUUGAGAAUGUUAAAACAAAGAUCCAAGACAAGGAAGGUAUCCCUCCCGAUCAACAACGUUUAAUCUUUGCCGGUAAGCAGCUUGAAGAUGGCCGUACUUUAUCCGAUUACAACAUUCAAAAAGAAUCUACACUCCAUUUGGUCUUGAGGUUGAGAGGUGGCAUGCAAAUAUUUGUGAAAACGCUUACUGGCAAGACCAUUACUCUAGAAGUUGAGCCUAGUGAUACAAUUGAAAAUGUAAAAGCUAAAAUCCAAGAUAAAGAAGGUAUCCCACCUGAUCAACAGCGUCUUAUCUUUGCUGGAAAGCAGCUUGAAGAUGGUCGCACUCUAUCGGACUACAAUAUCCAAAAAGAAUCAACACUUCACUUGGUAUUGAGAUUAAGAGGAGGUAUGCAGAUCUUUGUGAAGACUCUUACUGGUAAAACCAUAACACUUGAAGUAGAACCUAGUGACACAAUUGAAAAUGUAAAAGCUAAGAUUCAGGAUAAGGAAGGUAUUCCUCCAGAUCAGCAGAGGUUGAUCUUUGCAGGCAAACAACUAGAAGAUGGACGUACGUUGUCAGACUAUAAUAUCCAGAAAGAAUCGACACUUCACUUGGUAUUGAGGCUAAGAGGAGGUAUGCAGAUUUUCGUCAAGACUUUGACUGGCAAGACCAUCACCCUUGAAGUGGAACCUAGUGAUACCAUUGAAAAUGUCAAAGCUAAAAUCCAAGAUAAAGAAGGUAUCCCACCAGAUCAGCAGCGACUUAUCUUUGCUGGUAAACAACUAGAAGAUGGACGUACACUGUCGGACUAUAAUAUACAGAAAGAAUCCACACUUCAUCUAGUUCUGAGGUUGAGAGGUGGUAUGCAAAUUUUCGUAAAGACUUUGACAGGGAAAACAAUUACACUAGAAGUAGAGCCAAGUGACACAAUUGAAAAUGUAAAGGCAAAAAUCCAAGAUAAAGAAGGUAUUCCACCUGACCAGCAGAGGCUUAUCUUUGCAGGAAAACAGCUUGAAGAUGGUAGAACCUUGUCAGAUUACAACAUACAAAAAGAGUCCACCCUCCAUCUUGUUUUGAGGCUUCGAGGAGGCAUGCAAAUUUUUGUCAAGACAUUAACUGGCAAGACUAUCACUUUAGAAGUUGAACCCAGUGAUACUAUAGAGAAUGUCAAGACAAAAAUUCAAGAUAAAGAAGGAAUUCCUCCUGACCAACAGAGGCUUAUUUUUGCUGGAAAACAGCUGGAGGAUGGCAGGACUCUAUCAGAUUACAACAUCCAGAAAGAAUCUACUUUGCAUCUAGUACUCAGGUUGAGAGGUGGAAUGCAAAUCUUCGUCAAAACAUUAACUGGUAAAACUAUCACCUUGGAAGUCGAGCCUAGUGAUACAAUUGAGAAUGUGAAAGCAAAAAUUCAAGAUAAAGAAGGCAUUCCUCCAGAUCAGCAGAGGCUCAUUUUCGCUGGAAAACAGUUGGAAGAUGGUCGAACAUUGUCCGACUACAAUAUUCAGAAGGAAUCCACACUCCACUUGGUCCUCAGGUUGAGAGGUGGCAUGCAGAUCUUCGUUAAAACCUUAACAGGAAAGACCAUAACUUUGGAAGUCGAGCCUAGUGACACAAUCGAAAACGUAAAAGCAAAGAUCCAAGACAAAGAAGGAAUUCCACCAGAUCAGCAACGUCUCAUCUUUGCUGGUAAGCAGCUGGAAGAUGGAAGAACCCUUUCCGACUACAACAUUCAGAAGGAAUCAACUCUUCACUUGGUGUUGAGACUUCGUGGUGGAAACUAACUUCUCAAUGUGUGGACUUUUAUUACUUUUCUUUUCCAUGUUAAUGUGAUACAGCAAAAUUUUUAUUUAAUGUUUAACAUUUUUAUAUUAGCAGCUUCAGAAUAAAGUUUAUGAGUUCAGUGUAA